AUGUACGGCACAGGAACUGGCCCUCAGACGGGCGUUUCCACCCCAAGAUCCAAUUCUUCUCUCCGACCGCUCACCCUCAACCAUGGUUCACUAGAGGCUUCAUUCUUGGUGCCCACUGGCAUCCAUUACCACGCAUCACAACUGAAAGACCGAUUCACCUCGGCUUUGCCAGCAGCCACAGACGAACUUGCUCAAGAUGACGAGCCUUCCUCGAUACCCGAGCUCGUCGCCAGAUACAUGGGCUUCGUCGCCCACGAAGUUGAAGAGGGCGAAGAUGACGGCCAAGGCUCGUAUGAGGAGGUCCUGAAGCUCGUCCUUAACGAGUUCGAGCGCAUGUACCUUCGUGGCAACGACGUGCAUGCUCUGGCAAGAACACUCCCAGGCAUCAUCGAGAAGCAGAUUGCCGUUGUGCGCUGCUACUAUGCUGCACGUUCAACGGCCAACAGAGCCAUUAGACCCCACGACUCUGCUCUGCUCAGAGCCGCUGAUGAGGGCAGUGCCCACAUCUACAACAUCUUUGGUGGCCAGGGCAACAUUGUCGAGUACUUCGAUGAGCUGCGGGAAGUCUACGAGACUUAUCCCUCCUUCGUAGGCGAGCUUGUCUCUUCGGCAGCUGAGCACCUGCAAACUUUGAGUGUAGACCCCCGCGUUCAGAAGUUGUACGCCAAGGGCCUUGAUAUCAUGGCCUGGUUACAUACUCCUGACGCCACACCCGACGCAGACUACCUGAUCUCUGCGCCCGUCAGUCUUCCCUUGAUUGGACUGGUUCAGCUGUGUCACUACCAGGUCCUUGGUAAGGGUCUCGGCCUUCACCCCGGUAUCCUGAGAGACCGCAUUUCCGGUGCCACCGGUCACUCCCAGGGUAUCGUCGUUGCUGCUGCUACCGCCGCUGCAAGUGAUUGGGAGUCGUUCGAGAAGGUGUCCAAGGAUGCUCUGACCAUUCUGUUCUGGAUCGGCGCUCGCAGUCAACAGGUCUUCCCAAGGACCUCGUUGACGCCAAAGGUUCUCCAGGACUCCAUUGACAAUGGCGAGGGCGAGCCGACACCCAUGCUUAGCAUUCGCGACCUUCCCCAGAGCGAGGUGCAAAAGCACAUUGAUGCCACCAACCAGUACCUCCCCGAGGACCGCCACAUUUCCAUCUCCCUGAUCAACAGCCCGAGAAACAUGGUCGUCACCGGUCCGCCGAUCUCUCUCUACGGUCUGAACCUGCAGCUUCGAAAGGUCAAGGCCCCGACAGGCCUCGACCAGACAAGAAUUCCCUACACCGAGCGCAAGGUCCGCUUCGUCAACCGCUUCUUGCCGAUCACCUCGCCCUUCCACAGCCAAUACUUGAAGGAGGCCACCAAGCUCAUCGAUGAGGACCUCAAGGACAUCAAGAUCGACUCCAAAUCUCUUGGUUUCGCUGUCUACAACACCUGCAGUGGCGCAGACUUGAGAGAGGAGGUUCAAGGUGAUAUUGUGCCCUCGCUGAUCCGCAUGAUCACCCGUGACCCGGUCAACUGGGAAAAGGCCACCGUCUUUUCGCAGGCCACUCACAUCCUAGACUUCGGCCCCGGUGGCAUUUCUGGCCUCGGUAUUCUUACAAGCCGUAACAAGGAGGGAACCGGCGUUCGCGUUAUUCUCGCCGGUACCGUCAACGGUACUGUCCAGGAGGUCGGUUACAAGCCCGAGCUCUUCGACCGCGAUGAAGAGAAUGCCGUCGUGUACGCCAACGAUUGGGUGAAGGAGUAUGGCCCGAGACUGGUCAAGACCUCCAAGGGCGAGACAUACGUCGAUACCAAGAUGAGCAGACUCCUCGGUGUGCCGCCAGUCAUGGUUGCUGGUAUGACUCCUAGCACUGUGCCGUGGGAUUUCAUUGCGGCAACCAUGAACGCCGGCUACCACAUUGAGUUGGCCGGUGGCGGUUACUACAAUGCAAAGACCAUGACCGAGGCUCUGACAAAGAUCGAGAAAGCCAUUCCUGCCGGUCGUGGUAUCACCAUCAACCUGAUCUACGUCAACCCCCGCGCCAUGGCUUGGCAGAUUCCUCUUGUUGGUAGACUCCGCGCCGAAGGUAUCCCGAUCGAGGGUCUUACCAUUGGUGCUGGUGUUCCCUCUCUUGAGGUUGCCCAGGAGUACAUUGACACUCUAGGUCUCAAGCACAUUGCCUUUAAGCCUGGUUCCAUGGAGGCUAUCCAGGCCGUCAUCAACAUUGCCAAGGCUAACCCGACCUUCCCCAUCAUCUUGCAGUGGACUGGUGGUCGUGGUGGUGGUCACCACGGUUUUGAGGACUUCCAUCAGCCCGUUCUUCAAAUGUACGGCAGAAUCCGUCGCUACGACAACAUCAUUCUUGUUGCUGGCAGUGGUUUUGGUAGCUCUGAGGAUACUUACCCGUACCUCACUGGUGAAUGGUCCAAGAAGUACGGUUACCCGCCCAUGCCCUUCGAUGGCUGCAUGUUUGGUAGUCGCAUGAUGGUGGCCAAGGAGGCGCACACCAGCAAGAACGCCAAGCAGGCUAUCGUCGAUGCACCAGGUCUUGGCGACGAGGACUGGGAGAAGACUUACAAGGGCGCUGCUGGCGGUGUGAUUACUGUUCGUUCAGAGAUGGGCGAGCCUAUUCACAAGUUGGCCACCCGUGGUGUUCUCUUCUGGGCCGAGAUGGACCAGAAGAUCUUUGCCCUGCCCAAGGAGAAGCGUGUUGCGGAACUCAAGAAGAACCGUGCAUACAUUAUCAAGAAGCUGAACGAUGAUUUCCAGAAGGUCUGGUUCGGCCGCAACUCUGCAGGCGAGACGGUUGACCUGGAAGACAUGACCUACGCCGAGGUUGUGCGACGCCUUGUUGAGCUCCUCUAUGUCAAGCACCAGUCCCGCUGGAUCGACCCGUCCUUCAUGAAGCUGACUGGUGACUUCAUCCACCGCGUCGAGAGUCGAUUUACAACCUCUUCGAGCCAGGCAUCCAUGUUGCAGAGCUACUCUGACCUGAACGAACCCUUCGGCGCCGUUGACAAGAUCCUCGCAAGAUACCCCGAGGCUGAGUCUCAGACCAUCAACGCCCAAGAUGUCCAGCACUUCGUCAUGCUUUGCCAGCGACGUGGCCAGAAGCCCGUUACCUUCGUUCCCGCACUUGAUGAAAGCUUCGAGUUCUUCUUCAAGAAGGAUUCUCUGUGGCAGUCUGAGGAUCUCGAUGCCGUCAUUGACCAAGACGUCGGCAGAACUUGUAUUCUCCAGGGUCCUAUGGCCGCCAAGUUCUCGACUAAGGUCGACGAGCCCAUCAAGGAGAUCCUCGAUGGUAUCCACCACGGACACAUUACCCAUCUCCUCGAGGAUGCUUACCAAGGCAAGGAAGAGUCUGUUCCCACCAUCGAGUACUUUGGUGGCAAGCUCGUUGACACCGAGAUUCCUCUUGACAUUGAGGGCUUGACCGUGUCUUACGAUGACCACAAGAACACUUACCGCUUGUCUACAUCUCCCACCGUCGCUCUGCCACCCCUGGAGUCUUGGCUGGCACUACUUGCUGGCCCCAACAGAUCGUGGCGCCAUGCCCUCUUCAUGUCAGAUGUCUUGGUGCAAGGUCAAAAGUACCAGACCAACCCCUUGAGAAGAAUCUUUGCCCCUGUUCGUGGCCUGUUUGUCGAAAUCCAGUACCCCAACGACCCUAGCAAGACGUCCAUCAUCGUUCGGGAGCAACCCAGACACAACCACUACGUGGAUGUCAUUGAAGUCAAGCUGGACGGCAAGGAUAACAUUAUUGUCAACAUGAUCAAGGAUACCACUGCUCUGGACGAGCCUGUGUCCCUGCCCCUGCGCUUCACCUACCACCCCGAGGCUGGAUACGCACCCAUCCACGAGGUUAUGGAUGACCGCAAUGACCGCAUCAAGGAGUUUUACUGGCGCGCGUGGUUCGGCAACGACAACCUCGACCUUGAUGCUCCAGUUACUGGCAAGUUUGAUGGUGGCAAGGCUACCAUCACUGCUGAAGACAUCAACGACUUUGUUCACGCUGUUGGCAACACCGGCGAGGCCUUUGUAGACCGUCCCGGCAAGGUCGUCUAUGCUCCCAUGGACUUUGCAAUUGUUGUUGGUUGGAAGGCCAUCACCAAGCCAAUCUUCCCCCGCAAGAUUGAUGGUGAUCUUCUCAAGCUUGUCCAUCUCUCCAAUGGCUUCCGCAUGAUGCCUGGUGCCGAACCUCUCAAGAAGGGUGAUCAGGUCGAGACCACCGCUCAGAUCAAUGCUGUCAUCAACCAGGAGUCUGGCAAGAUGGUCGAGGUCUGCGGUACCAUUACUCGUGAUGGUGAGGCUGUCAUGGAGGUCACCUCGCAGUUCCUGUACAGAGGUGUCUACACUGACUUUGAGAACACCUUCCAGCGCAAGGUCGAGACACCAAUGCAGGUGCAUCUCGCCACUGCCAAGGACGUCGCCGUCCUCAAGUCCAAGGAGUGGUUCCUACUGGAGGGUGAUGAGGAUCUUGUUGGCAAGACUCUUGUUUUCAGACUGCAGUCUCUGUACAAGUUUAAGAACAAGACUGUCUUUAGCAGCAUCGAGACUCGCGGCCAAGUCUUGUUGGAAAGACCCACCAAGCAGAUUGACCAGGUCGCCAGCGUCGAGUAUGUCGCCGGUUUGUCUCAGGGCAACCCCGUCAUCGACUACCUCGAGCGUCACGGAUCCUCGAUCGAGCAGCCCGUCAGCUUUGAGAACCCCAUUCCUCUGAGCGGCAAGACCCCUCUGUUGCUCAAGGCGCCUGCUUCGAACGAGAACUACGCCAAGGUGUCUGGAGACUACAACCCCAUUCACGUUUCUCGCGUCUUCUCGAGCUACGCCAACCUGCCCGGCACCAUCACCCACGGCAUGUACUCGAGUGCUGCUGUACGAAGCCUGGUCGAGACUUGGGCAGCCGAGAACAAUGUCGGCCGUGUUCGUUCGUUCCAUGCUUCCCUGACUGGCAUGGUCCUGCCCAACGAUGACAUCCAAGUCAAGUUGCAGCACGUUGCCAUGAUUGGAGGUCGCAAGAUCAUCAAGGUCGAGGCCAGCAACAAGGAGACCGAGGACAAGGUUUUGCUUGGUGAGGCUGAGAUUGAGCAGCCCGUCACAGCCUAUGUCUUCACUGGACAGGGUUCGCAGGAGCAAGGUAUGGGUAUGGAACUUUACGACAGCAGCCCUGUUGCCAAGGAGGUCUGGGACAGAGCUGACAAGUACUUGCUUGAUAACUAUGGAUUCUCCAUUAUCAACAUUGUCCGCAACAACCCCAAGGAGUUCACCGUCUACUUUGGCGGUUCCAAGGGUAAGGCUAUCCGCCAGAAGUACAUGGAUAUGAAGUUCGAGACGGUCGCUCAGGACGGAUCGACCAAGUCUGAGAGAAUCUUCAAGGAGAUUACCGACAGAACAACCUCGUACACCUACAGGUCGCCUCAGGGUCUGCUCUCGGCAACUCAAUUCACACAGCCUGCCUUGACUCUGAUGGAGAAGGCCAGUUUCGAGGACAUGAAGGCCAAGGGUCUUGUUCCCCGCGACAGCACCUUUGCUGGUCACUCCCUCGGAGAGUACUCGGCCCUGGCUGCCCUUGCUGAUGUCAUGCCUAUUGAGUCGCUCGUUUCGGUCGUCUUCUACCGUGGUUUGACUAUGCAAGUCGCUGUCGAGCGUGAUGCUGACGGCCGUUCCAACUACUCCAUGUGCGCCGUGAACCCCAGCAGAAUUUCCAAGUCUUUUGACGAGGAGGCUCUCCGCUUUGUCGUUGGCAACAUUGCUGAGGAGACUGGCUGGUUGCUCGAGAUUGUCAACUACAACAUUGCCAACAUGCAAUACGUCUGCGCGGGUGACCUCCGUGCCUUGGACACGCUCACUGGUGUCACCAACUUCCUGAAGGCGCAGAAGAUUGACAUUGUUCAACUCAAGCGGGAGUUGAAGCCCGAGGAAGUCAAGGAGCACUUGGUUGACAUCAUCAAGGGUUGCGCCCAGCAGACCGAGUCCAAGCCCAAGCCCCUCGAGCUCCAGCGUGGAUUCGCCACGAUCCCUCUGCGUGGUAUCGAUGUUCCCUUCCACUCGACCUUCUUGCGCUCUGGUGUCAAGCCUUUCCGAAGCUUCCUCAACACCCAGAUCAAGCAGACCAGCAUCGACCCCGCCAAGCUUAUUGGAAAGUACAUUCCCAACGUCACGGCCCGACCUUUCGAGCUCACCAAGGAGUACUUUGAGAACGUCUAUGCUCUGACAAACUCUCCCAACAUCAAGGCAAUCUUGAACAAGUGGGAUUCGUACCAGGAUGAUGCGCAGCCCAACGGCGUCAACGGUGUCAAUGGCGUCAACGGACACGAUGAAAGCGAGGUUAAUGGAACUCACUAA